GAAGACAUUCCAGGAUCAAGGCAUGACGAUUGGAGACUGGUUCAACGUUGUUGAUGCUUUAUUAGAAUACAGCGAUAACCCCCUUGUUUGAUUUUUGCCAGGGUGGGUUGGCAGUCAACGUAUCUACAUGUACUUCUUAAGUUCCGAGCUGCAUCCUACUCACAUCCACUGAAUCACUACUUCCGAUCAACUCAAAUACGUCAAAUGAUAUUCGCUCUUCUUCGUAAUAUUUCAGAGAUACGAUGAAUUCACGCAGAUGCCUUUUUUUUUCAACGACGCACAGGUCAGGCAACAGCUUGAGGCGAUGUGUAUCAGGGGCAAAAUACUUUCCGGGCUACCUUCUAACCUCCAUCAUGUUCAAGGUGCGUGAAGCCCAGCGACGAUUCGUCAACACCGUACGCGUACCCUCCUGUACCCGAAAGGAGCGUGCAUUAGUACGCGAACGUCACCGAACCAGUGGAGGAACCAGCCCAAAGACCCUCGCAGAUGAAUUCGGAAUAUCUACUACAGCUAUCAGUAACUAUAUUCGGAAUGCUUCCAAUGACAAUGUUGGUUGGGACCAAGAGUAUGUCGACGGCAGCAGACCGGAUUUCUUCGGUCUUGAUUACGGUGUCAAGGAAUACAUAUCUUUGAAGGCUGAGAAUCUUCUAGAAGAUGCAGGUCUUUCGGCUUCAUCCGCAACCGUAAAGAUCUCAUCAACCAAUGACGUGCCUGAAAAGAGUACCACUGCGAAACAGGUGCCUUCCCAGGCCGGAGUGGAAAUCGACGGCUCGAGUGAUGCCUCUUCGCAGGGUUCUCCCUCUGAACAGCAGGACUCUACCUCGUCUACGCCCUCAUCCAAUGAUCCGGAUCCAUCGGUCUCUUCUGAUUCCAACAUUCCACCCGCCAUUUCUCGAAAACGGCCGCGGUCGCCUUCUGCUGCCUCUUUGCACAUACCUCCGGCCAUUUCCAGGAAAAAGCCGCACUUAGACGCUUGGGAACCAAAGACUGACGUUCUGAAUGCCGCCGAUUCCGGACAGGUCACCCUUUCGGUAGUGGAAAUUUCAACUUCGACGGUGAUACCUUCAACUCCAACUUCUAAGCCUGUAACAGCUCCAGCCGGACCCAUAACGCGCCGAAUCACUGGGCGUAGGGGCCCACUUGUAGUCAAGAGUCGUCCUGCGCCUCAUCCUCCCUCUCACAAGUUGAAACCAGCACAAUCUAAUGCUACUUCUAACGGUGCAGUAAGCUUGCAAUCCAAAGGAAAAGGUAUCAAUGUCAUCGUUGUUUUCCCGCACUUUUGUAAUGAUUCACCCGCAUUUUUCAGAAAUCCCAACGAAAUCUAUUCUCACCAACAAAGGUUUAGGACAUCCGACUGUUGACGGAUUCCUCCGUUCACUCAACAAACUUCAUGCCAAGGCACAAUUCGACAAGUGUGGCAUACGUACCCACCAGGACCUCCUUGAAGUGUCUCGACAGAUC